ACUUGUCGCAACAUCCAGACAGUUGAAAUGUGCGCGGUGGACGGGCGGUACUGUACGGAACUCGGAAACUUUAUUGGAUUUCUUUUUUCUUUUUUUUCUCUUUUUACAUUUCUGAUUUUUGGUGCAUUCAUCUAGCACGUGGAAUACACAAUAAAUCAACGUCGGAACAAAAACAAUCGAGGCAACAAAGUGUGGCUUAAAACCAGCGAGAGAGAGAGCUACACGAAGAAGAGAGAAAAAUAUGACGACGGUGGACGCCCGAAGUUUACCCGGAGAGCCGCCGUACACUUACGCCCCGGCUAGCUCCAUCGCAACCUUGCACGCUCAGCACAGCCUACACGCAGUGCCCCAUCUCCUGUGCCGUCUGGACAGGGAUCGUGGGGAGGACAAGCCCCCAUUCGGGGGACUGCUUGCCCCCUCCCCGCUCUACCACACCGUAUUCAGGCCGCAAGCCUUCCGUGUCCCAAUGUCGGCGGCGGGAUCCCUCCAGCAGCCUCGCCAUCAACCACAACAGCAGCACCACCAUCACCAGAAUCAUCAUCACCAGCAGCAGCAGGCUAACAAUCACCAUCCGGAGAAUCACCACCGCCACCACCAUCUCCACCACCCGGCCGUGCAGCCGCACCAGCCGGCCGCGGCCCCUCCGGCCGGCUCCACCACCUCUUUCCUCGUCAAAGACAUCCUGUCCCAAAGAACUCCCAUCCACAAACCCAUCCCCAAGCAUCCGGCCUCCUGCACCACCUGCAACUGUCUCCGGCAGACCCAGCAGCAACACCAGCAACAGCAGCAGCAGCAGCAGCAGCAGCAGCGGAACGGUAGCGGAGAGGGCCGAGGGGAGGGGAGCCCCUCGCCCGCUGCCGGUGGCGUGGCUGCAUGCGAGCAUGGCUUCGGACUCAAAUUCGGCGUGAACGCGAUUCUCUCGGCUGACGCAUGCUCGUCGCAGGGUGCGUCUGCGAUGUGCACGACAUCUGUGAGUGGUGUAGCCUUGAGCAGCGGCUACAAGCAUCUCGGAACGUCUCUGGCUCAUCUCACCAGACCACUGUAUGGAACGGGCGUGCAUUCCACCAUGGCUGCAAGGAACCCGUUUUUACCAGUUACUCCAUCCUCGGUCAUACCCGUGCCAGGGACCUUCCCUUGGCCGGGGGCCGCCCGCGGGAAGCCCCGGCGGGGAAUGCUGCGGCGCGCGGUGUUCUCCGACGCCCAGCGUAAGGGCCUGGAGAAGAAGUUCCAGCAGCAGAAAUAUAUCAGCAAACCGGACAGGAAGAAACUAGCCGCCAAGCUGGGACUCAAAGACUCGCAGGUGAAAAUCUGGUUCCAGAAUCGGCGCAUGAAGUGGCGUAACUCCAAAGAGCGGGAGCUUCUGUCGUCCGGCGGGUCGCGGGAGUCCACCUUGCCCAACAAGUCCAAUCCCAACCCGGACCUGAGCGAUGUUGCGGAGGGGAAGGUCAGCCCCGAUGCCCAGCACCACCAGCAUGGCUAUCCGCAUCACCACCCACACCAGCACCACAACCAUCACCCGGGUCACUCGGCGGCCGGCGGCCUGAUGGCGGACCAGGGCUCGGACACGGAGGAGAUGCUGGAGUCUCCCGCCAGCAGCCCCUGUCCCAGCCCACUGUUGAUGGGCGACCACCAGGCGGUCGACGAAGAAGGGCGCAGGGGACAGAGCCCGACCAUGGCCGGUCGGGACGGAGAUUACGAGAACGAGGAAGAGGAGCGGGACAUUGACGUCAUGUGAUGUCACCAGGUUCAAGGGUUGUUGCAGAACUUUAGGCUACGUUGAGAAUGGCGCCAGAUCUGAAACUCAGUGUUGUGUGAAUUCCGGAUCCCCUUGAAAACCAGACCCAGUGUGCGUGUGUGCAUGCGUAUCAGCUACCAUGGGACGUUUGGAUGAAUUUGAAUAGAUACGAUCUCAAUUUCUAAAAGCUGAAUCAUUGGGGUUAGUUCUGAGGCCUCCUUGCCCCAGCCAUCUUCGUACUUAAUCCUGUUGCGCUCGCAGCGUGUAUAUAAGCGAAAGUGGAUGGGUUUAAAUUGUACAGGAAACCGAACCUCCUGACGUCACAACACCAUGGUUAACUACAUCACGACGACGUCAAAGUUGUCGUAUGGUGGAGCUAUGUAAUAGCUCGACCUUCAGAAUCGAGCAAAGCAAUACUACGUCUUUGUAAAUAUUCUUGAUUUUUUAUAUCAUACGGAUUAAUGAAUCUACGAAUUAACUUAUUUUCCUAUUUCUGUGCGUGCGUGAUUUAAAUAUUCACAGCAUUUUGAUUUUUGUGUCGCGUGGAAAUAAUUUGCUGAUCCCUUGUACAGCAAGGCGCUCCAUAGCGGAUCCUCCUUUCGUUUUACGGCCGUUUGAAGAACAAAUAAUUGUGUUAGUGGUAAUAUUUGGACGUCGUGAAUCUAUUGUCGAUAUUUUCCAACGUAGAGUAUAAAUUAAUGAUGUAGGCCAACAGGUGCAAUCUUAAUAUAUGUCUGUAAAUAAUUCUUGCGUAUAGCUAUUACCAGUUGUUUUGGUUCCAGAUGUUAAAACUUUUUCAUAUUUUUCAUGGUUUCCUUUUAAAAAAGAGAGAUAAAUAAUUUCAACCCGUCAUUUUGACUAAACGGUGGUUGAGACAUUGCAUAGCCAGUAUGGUUCGCUAGCUACGGAGUUAUUAAUGCCAAAAUAUGUUCAUCAGUAGAGUACCAGUCACUCUUUGUUAUCAGUGGCUGGUGCCCAGAAUCAGAAAACGAAACAAAAUCAAAGCACAAGCCGGUGUAACGGUUAUGAAAUACUACACAAUAGACAUUACUCAGUUGUGUCAUUAAAAUAGGACGAAAACUGAAUCGAUAUUUUUUGUCAAAUAAAUUAAGAGAAACAGCUACACAUAGAAGCCGUAGCGUAUGUAGAAUGCCAAUGAGUUUGUUGGCGUCUGUUAUUUAUCAAACUGAGCAAAACCUUUUUUCUUUUCUUAGCUAUAUUCCUUUGACAGCAGCUCAUUUCAUUUUAUUUGUCAGUUUCUCCCGCCAGAUUUCACGCAAACAGUUAUAGGCAUCUUCUGAGGCUUCGUUUAUAGCUUUUCGUUCAUUCCAGGAAAACAUAAAUAUAUUGACAAAAUACAAAAACGAUUUGACUCUCUCAUUUUUACAUGUACUCUUUCAAAUAAAUAAAAUGUGUACUUGGAAUAAAAAAGGUGAA